CAUCCGACUAGAACGGUUCGGUGUUUUGAAGAGAUUUCCCGUUUGUGAACGCAACCACCCUUCGUUCUGUCCCAGCAUCUAAUAUUGUCGGUACACGGCUCAACGAUGGCGUCAUCGAAACCCGUCUCAAUUCCGGAAUGGAUGACGAGCAGUUUUUUUAUUGAUGCGAUCGCCAAAGCGUUCAACAUUACGCUAAGUGAAUUCAGCAUCGAGCAUUUGGACGUUCGACCGGCUACGGAAGCCGGUGACAACUUUGUCUCGAUCAUGUACCGCGUGAAGCUGACGGUGCUGCUGAACGCCGAGCAGGAUCCGAAGAUCGUUUCGCUUAUCGUGAAGGCGCUGCCGCAGUUGGGCCUCUCCGAGGAAAUGAUCACGUCGAUGAACGUCUUCCCGAAGGAGAUGGCCGUGUACACGGAAAUAUUGCCCGCCUUUGAGGCACUGUACAGUGAGCGAGGGGUAAACGUUGCCUUUGGUCCACGCUGCCUAAAGCACUGCACCGAGCCGACGGACAUUAUCGUAAUGGAGGAUUUGAAGGAUCGCGACUUUCAAAUGGCCGAGCGCCAGAAGGGGCUCGAUCUCGAGCACUGUCACACGUUGCUGCGACGGUUGGCCCAGUUCCAUGCGGCCUCUGCCGUUUACUACGAGCGGAAUGGACCGUACGAUGCGAAGUUUAAGGAGGGAAUGUACGCGGAAAAGAACCGUGCCAUGUUCGAGCAAUUCCAGGCACAGCAUGACCGAUUCAUGUACGACGUGAUGUGCAAAUGGCCAAACAAUGGGAAGCUAUACGCAGAGCUUAUGAAAGGUUGGGGCAUGGACAUGUUUGAUGCGAUGUUACGCAUCACGAAACCUGACCCGGCCAAGUUUAACGUGCUAAACCACGGUGACAUGUGGUGUAACAACAUGAUGUUCCAGUACGACGGCAGCAGCAAGAUCAAAGAAAUAACGCUCGUUGACUUCCAGAUGUGCAUGUGGGGCUCCCCGGUAAUUGACCUUCACUAUUUCAUCUUUUCCUCGGUGCGCGCCAACCUGAAACUGCGCGAGCUAGACCACUUGAUCUGUUACUAUUACGAGCAGUUAACCGAGAACUUGACCCUGCUCCAGUACGGCGGUGCGCGUCCCUCACUCCAAGACCUACACUCGGAUUUCACCGAGCGGCAGCUGUACGGACUCAGUACGGCCUUUUCCGUGUUUCCCAUCUGCGUGAUGGAGAAGACGGAGAAUGCCUCGAUCGAUCUGAUGCUGGACCAGGGCGACGCCGGAACCGCUUUCAAGCAGAAGAUGUACAACGGACCGGCGUACGUCGAGCAGAUGGCUCCGAUCCUGGAGUACUUCUACAACUCCGGCGCAUUCGACAUCAACCAGCUGGGCAGCCAGCGUCCGGCCGAGAUCGAGUGCGAUCACGCACUCCACCUGCCGCUGUGGCUGGAUCGACGAUUUUUCGACGACGUAGUAGCGGCUAAGCUUGGACCGUGCCCGGCCGGCGAGCGACGACACAUCCGUAACGUACGCGUGGCACUUGCGACCAGCAAGGGCGAUAACUACGCAUCGAUGCUGUACCGCGCCAAGGUCGACGUACUUACCCAAGGCACUGGGGUGGUGGAGAGCUUCUCGACGAUUGUAAAAGCACCGCCGAAGGGUGUGCUGGCGGAACAUACGGCGUACCUAGCCUUCUCGACUCGCGAGAUACAGAUGUACCGGGAGUUGUUGCCUGCGUUCGAGCGACUGUACCACGAUAAGGGCGAGACCGUACGCUUCAGCCCACGUUGCUUGAAGGUGUGCGAAGCCAUUCCGGCGGACGUGAUGGUGCUAGAGGAUCUGGCACACAACGGCAACUACCGCAUGGCGGACCGUCGUGCGGGGUUGGAUCAGCACCAUACCGAGCUGGUGCUAGAACAGCUGGCCAAACUGCACGCCAGCUCGGCGGUGUUUGUCGAGCAAGGUAACACCCUUUCGGGCGACUUCAGCGGGCCGAAGGUGAUUGAAAGUCUCAAAACGAUGGGCAAGGAACUGUUCCAACCCAUGCUGGACAGUUUGGUCGAGUUUAUGGCGGACUGGGACGCAGCGGCAAAGGACGCGUUCGAUCAGCUGGCCACCAUUAUCACCCCACGGGAGGAUCGUUUCAAUGUGCUAAAUCACGGCGAUCUGUGGGUGAACAAUGUGAUGUUUAGCUACGCAUCCGGUGCCACAGACGCACCGACGGCCACCGGCGUUACGCUGCUCGACUUUCAAAUGUGCUGCUGGGCCUCGCCGAUGGUCGAUUUGCACAGCUUCCUGUUCUCCUCCGUUCGGGCGGACCUGAAGCUUACCCAUCUGAACUACUUCCUGCGCUACUAUCAGGAAAAGUUGGCGGACAGUCUGGUGCUGCUCGGGUACCGGAAGCGCAUCCCAACGCUGCAGCAGCUGCUGGUCGACUUUAACGAUCUGCUAAUGUGUGGUUUGGUGAGCGCCCUGUUGGCACUGCCGUUCGCGCUCGUUCCGAACGUGGAAGAUGCUUCGCUGGACGCUGUUGUUGAAGGCUCGACCGAGGCUGGACAACGCUUCCAGAAGCAGAUGUUUGACAAUGAGGAGCUGAAAACGCAACUGAAGUGUACAAGUGCAGGUAUUAAAAACUAUACAAAUAUAAGCUGUCAGUGUACAAUGACAUCAUCUGCCAGUGCUGCGGUGAGUGUUCCGGAAUGGAUGACAAAAGAGUACUUUGUCGAUGCGAUAGUGGUGAAGCUGGGCAAACCGGCCACUGAUUUUACGAUCACCGACCUGGACGUUCGGCGCGCAACGGAGGCGGGUGAUAAUUAUGCCUCCAUUCUGUACCGCGUGCGCGUUUCGGUCCGUCUGCACAAUACCGACGGCGCGCCGAUGGACAUUUCGCUGAUUGUGAAGGCACUGCCAAAGCUUUCGCUGACAGAUGAAAUGGUGAAGCUGAUGAACCUGUUCCCGAAAGAGAUCGCCAUGUACACGAACGUGCUGCCCCGCCUGGAGCAGCUGUACCAUGAGGCGGGCCGAACCAGCGUGCACUUUGGUCCGCGCUGUCUCAAGCACAGCACCGAACCGACCGAUGUGAUAGUGCUGGAAGAUUUGCGCGAACGCCAGUUUACGAUGGCCAACCGGCGGCAGGGACUGGACAUGGAGCAUACGCGCCUGGUACUGCGCCGAAUGGCGCAGUUUCAUGCCGCGUCGGUCGUGCUGGAGGAUCAUCGCGGCCCGUACGGGGAGCUGUUCCGGGAGGGCAUGUUCACCGAGAAGGGGCGCGCGAUGAGCGAGCAGUUUCAGAAGGGACAGGCCGAUUUCUUCCAGAAAAUUAUGCGCUGCUGGUCGGAAAAGGCGCAACAUUGCGCCAGCGUGAUGCAACAUUGGGGCAUGGAUUUGUUUGACUCGCUGAUUCGCGUAACCCGCGCCAAUCGGAAGGGAUUCAACGUGCUGAAUCAUGGCGAUAUGUGGUGCAAUAACAUUCUGUUCCAAUACAAUGAGGACAGCACGGUGAACGAUAUCUUGUUGAUCGACUAUCAGCUUUGCUUCUGGGCUUCCCCUGCAAUCGAUCUGAUCUAUUUCAUGUUCACCUCGGUCAAUGGAGAUUUCAAGCUGUCGCAGCUGAACUACAUGGUGCAGUACUACCACGAGCAUCUCGUCGACAGUCUGAAGUUUCUCGGGUACACUGGUACCGUGCCGCUGCUGAAGGAGCUCCACUCGGACAUCAUCUCACACCAUCUGUUCGGAUACAUGAUUUGCUUUUCCAUACUACCCAUCUGCUUGAUGGAGAAAACGGACGACGCCUCGAUGGAUUUGAUGCUGGAUCAGGGCGCGGCGGGCGAAUCCUUCAAGCUGAAAAUGUACACCAAUCCGGUGUAUGUGCGGCAGAUGGAGCAACUGAUGGAGUAUUUCUUCGACAUGGGUGUGCACGAUUUGCUGCAAAUCGGAACACAGCGCCCAGCACGUAUCGACUGUGAUCCUUCGCUAGAGUUGCCCCUCUGGUUGGAUCGCGAGUUCGUAGAACACAUUGUUGACGCUAAGUUUGGCACUGCACCUGGUGAUAAGCGAACUGUCCGCAGCGUAUACACGAAGAACGCAGCGAAGAAGGGUGACAGUUACGCUGCAGCCCUAUACUCGGUCAAGGUGGAGCUGCUAUGGAAGGAUGCUGGCGUGGAGGAAACACUCUCGCUUAUCGUCAAAGCGCCACCAAAGGGAAUUGCCGCAUCCUACUCCCUAGAUAAGGAGGUGUACGUGCGAGAGCUUUACCUGUACGAGCACCUAAUUCCCGCCUUUGAAGCACUUUACCGUAGCAAGGGAGUAUCGGUGAAGCUAGGACCACGGUACUACAAACCACGCGUCGGUUUACCGGUGGAGGUGAUCGUGCUGGAAGAUUUAACAAUCUCCGGAUACCGUAUGGCUAUCAGACAGGAUUGCUUAGACCAGGCUCACUUGGAGGUUGCACUUAAUCAUCUGGCCCAGUUCCACGCUGCUUCAGCGGUCUAUAGCGAAUCGGGCAAAACGCUACCCGCGAUACUCACCGCAUCGUCCGCCGACCGGCAGAUGGCAGCAAAAACCGAUCACAUGUUUGCCCCUUCGCUGGACAGUUUGUUUGGAUAUAUGAGAGAGUGGGAUUUUGCGGGCGAAUUUGUAGACGAUUUGGAAACCGUUGCAAAACAGAUCUACCAGCUGCUUGUGGACACGUGGACCCUCAAUCCGGAUGGUUUCAAUGUACUCAAUCAUGGCGACGCCUGGCUUAACAAUAUGCUGUUCGCAUACAACGACUACGAUGGGUCCGUCGAUCGUAUGGCACUGAUCGACUUUCAAUUUCCGUCCUGGGGCUCGCCCGUGUUCGAUCUGAUUCACUUCCUGUUCUCCUCCGCACGGGCUGAUUUGAAGCUCUCCAAGCAAGCUUACUUUUUACGCUACUAUCAGGAACGCUUGGUGCACAACCUGGUGCUGCUCGGGUACGGGAAACCACUGCCGACGCUUCGGCAGCUUCACCUUGAUUUUAAUGAUCGUUUGACUUUUGCCAUCAAGACUGUCGUGAUCGAUUUACCGUACGUGCUGGUAGACGACACAGACGAUGCAUCGCAGGAAGCGGCCAUCGUACAGACGGAAGUGGGACAAAGGUUUCAGAAGCUUCUUUUCAAUAAUGAGCGCUACAAGGAGCAGCUGAAGGAUCUUUUGCCAUAUUUCCGAUCGCGAGGUUUGCUGACACCACUUGCCGCUAAUAGCAAGCGAGAUCAAUGAUUAAACGAUUCAAAUGAACACUAAUGGAAUUAAUUUG